CACUUUAUCAGGGCAACCCAAAUAGACAGAGAGAGAUCCAUCAUUUUAUUUGUUGGAUCACUUCCAAACACAUACUAUACAAGUAGCUACUCACUACUCACUAGAGAAAGACAAACAAAUCGAUCGAUCGAUCGUUCGAUUGAUCUAGAGCUAUAAUCAUGUCAUCAUCUAAAGAUAAAAAGAGGGCUGCUGCUUUGCAAGAGAAAUACCAGCUCCUCCGUUCAGUCACCAACUCAAACGCCGCGAACACGGCUUCUAUAUUAGUAGAUGCAUCUAAACACAUUCAAGAGUUGAAGGAAAAGAUUGAAAGGCUUAAUCAAGACAUCAGUGGUUGUGGUAGUAGUAGCACUAGUCCAUGUCCUAAGGUUAGCGUACGAACCCUAGAAAAAGGGUUUCUAGUGAAUGUGUUCUCAGAAAGAAGUUGCCCUGGCUUGCUGGUCUCCAUACUUGAAGCCUUCGAAGAGCUCGGACUCGAAGUUCUGGAUGCUAAAGCUUCAUGUACUGAUCGCUUUGAGCUUGAAGCUGUUGGUGAGGAGAAUGGAGUAGAUAGCUUGGAUGCUCAAGUAGUAAGGCAAGCAGUGUUACAAGCGAUCAGAAAUUGGAGUGAGAGUACAUAGACGAUGUACGUAGAGUAAUGCGUAUAACGUACUUACUCUACAUGUCAAAAAUUGUUGUGUAUUUUGGCAUAGCAAUAGGCUCAUUUGAUUAUUUUGCGUAAUGACAAGUUUCGUUGCGA